AAACAAUGCAAUCAGCUUAGGUAAUCAGAGGGCGGAGCAGUCCCGGGGAGGGAGGCAUGUGAUGAGGGUCUCAUUAGAUCCAGACCAACUGAUGGACCUAUCUCGCUCUACCGUGGCGAUACCCGGAUGAACCAACCAUUACAGCGAUAAUGCUAGUGAACGAAAGCCACUAUACAGACACUGGUUGUUGUGUGGAACACGAGACCAGCGCCUCAGUACCGGAAGUGAAGUACCUGAACAGGAGUCUGGUGGCGACACCUUUCGCUGGUGGCAUCGUCACACCGGAAGUGUAUGAGUUCUACAAGGAAAUCUUCACGUGGGUAAAAGUUGUUGGACAGCCGCUGUCAGUGAUCUUUCUCGUGCUCAGCGCCGCCAUUUUCCUGAGCAAGAGCAUGCGCAACCCCAGCACUUCCUUUCUCGUGGCCUGGAACCUGAGCGAGGCUUACAACGUCACCAUGCUAACGGUCUUUCAGGUGUGCAGCUUCGGCAACAUGUGCGCCACAAGUGUGGUCUAUGCCUACUUCAAGCUGUGGUCAACCACAUACCUGGGUGUGGCGUGUAGACGGUCACUCUACAGCCUCAACUGUCUACUGGCCGUACAGAGGUUUUUGGUUGUGGCAUUUCCAGUCAAGUCCAAGAACCUGUGCCUGAUAGCCAGCCCCCUGCCUGUGUGCAUCACGGCUGUGGUCAUCUCUCUACUGGUCCACGGUUACCUGCCCGUCAAGUACGGCGUGGCCAGUCAGAACGGGACCUACACCAUCGUCCAGACCAGUCUGUCAUUAGAACACACCCACAUUUUUAAUGCUAUAGCUUCAGCUUCUAUGUACGUCCUGGUCUACCUGCCCCUGACCGUUGGCGCCCUGGCAAACAUCGGCAUGGUGGUGUCCCUCAAGCGUCACAUGAAGCUGACCCAGAUGGUGUUCCCCAACCGUCAGGACAGACGGGGGCGGGAGAUGCAGGCCAACGCCGUUGUUCUGACCUCGACCUUCCUGUUUUUCAUCUUCUCCCUGCCCUCCAACAUCAACCACCUCGUCUCUUUCCACCUCGACACGUAUGGCGUCAAGAAGAAGGAGCAUUAUCUCUUUCAAACGCUGGACGGAGCUUUUGUCGUCUGUCAGGUGCUUAGUGACGUCGUCAUCUUCUUGUCUUACGUCUGCGCCAGCACCUCGUUCAGGAGGCGGCUCAUCCACAUCAUUGGUCAACUCACGUGUAACAGCUGCAUCAAGACGACCAAAAGUUUGGAAGAUUUUUCCAAGACGUCAACAUCGGAGCUCUCCGUGACGUCAGAGCUGACCAGCGACCAAACGACCACCAGAAACACCGCCAUUUUCCGUCGCAUCCGCCAGUAUUUGUGUGUUCCUAAUGACGUCACAACACACUGAAUCAAAAUCUCAAAAACAUUUUUACGUGUAUUUACAAAUAUUAAAAUAGCAUACGAAACGUUCAUAAAUCUCCAAGUAGUUGAUUUAACCAAGAGA